AUGCUAAGAAAUUCAUUGAGAACUACCAACAGCGUCUGUGUCAGAGGCUUUUCAACAAGCAGCAUCGCCAGAUUGGCCGAGCCAAUUGAAAACGUCAAGACUAAAACCCCAAUUGACUCUAUCUCAUCAAGUUUAUUUCUUUCUAGAGUACCUAUUGUCACCCCAACAUUGGGAGAAUUUGAAAAACAGUACUACAAAUACCAAGAUGAAUUACAGCGCAGAUUGAUGUGGUCUUUCCCUUACUAUUACUAUUUCAAGAAGUCUUCAUUGGCAGAAGCCGCUUUUUUCAAAAACCAAAAAUGGCCGAUUUCCAAAGAAGAAGGGGUUUUCUAUCCGAAGGGUACUCCAAACAUCAAACAUUUAAGAGAAAGAAGCGAAAAGCAAGUGAUAAAUGUCAAAGAAGAAGAGGAUGAGAACUCCAAGUUCAAGAAAGAAAGUGAUGUUGUCAAACCGAUCGUUCCAAACUCGAGAAUCACCGAUGCCGACGUAAAGAAAGAUUUGAAAAGUUUAGAAAGAAAGUUGGACUCCACUUUGUACUUGAUUGUUCAAGAUAAGAAGUCUAGUGAAUGGAAGUUCCCAAGUUUCAAAUACAAUGCUGAAGAAAGAAUCUCUGCUUUGGACGAAUAUGCCACCGAAAAUAUACAGAAUAUCAGUCAGAAGGAUUUCAACAUGUUCACCGUCACCAAUACCCCAAUUCACGUCGUGAAGUACGAUUCAAGUAACAAGGUUGUCAACAACGCCUCUACCAAUGUUGCCUCAAAAGAGUAUAUCAUCAAGUCUCACAUUUUGGCUGGUGAUUUUGUGUUGAACCAAAAAGAAUCUCAGUUCAAGGACUAUUUGUGGCUCAGUGGUGAAGAAUUGCCAGAAUACUUGAGCAAAGAUUAUUAUAAACAAGUGGAAUUCUUAUUGGCCGAUUACUAA